UUGUAACUUACAAAACUCAAGAACAUACGUCCUUCUGGUCUUUAGGGCAGAUUUUCCUUUUUUUGUUCGAGUGACAUCAUUUUUGAAGCCUUCUUGUGCCGGAUAUGGCAGCACUGUCGUCGUCACUGUAAAAACUGGUUAUGGUGGUAGUGGUUUCAUAUUUAUGGCGGGAACUUGACUCAAGUGAUCAUUAGGUUUAGGUUGAAGUCUCGCCGCUUUUGGCCAUGUCGGAGUGGACGUGGGACUCGGGAUGGAGCGUAUUCCAAUCCCGCUCGAUAUCCGAGGCCUGGACCCGAUUCUGCGGGCAAGUCUGGCGUUGGGGCCAAGGGAAGCCUAUUGGCACCACUCAGUCGGGGUCACGGGCGUUAGAUGGAGGAAGGGGCUUGAGUCUGUUCCCGUCAUUCUCGAGCAUGAUGCUCACGGCCCGGGAAUUCGUCCUCCUUUAUCCUGAUAUGCUGGCCAUGCCCCAAAUGGACGCGACCCCGCCCAAGUUAUGGCUCAUCUUCCCGGAGGAACCGGAUGAGCACGGAUUCCCGCCGCCGUUGUCCGGAGGAAGACCCAUGCAGGAGCGUAUCGAGUUCUUGGGGUUGACAUGUUGUCAGUCGCGUGUCGAGAUAUCGCCCGAGAUUUUCGAGCAAUGCCUCCAAUUCACGAUUCAAACCAGAAUGGCGCCCUUGUGGAACCGGAUUGGACCGUACUUCUUGGCGGGUGUGGAGUUUCUAGAAUCACCUACCGUCAAUUUUGUGCAAGCCCGAUUGAACUUUCACGCUUCUACGAGUGUAAUUACGUUAGCUUUGAAGGGUGGCCGCCUUCGAUUUCCGUCCUUGGCUCUCAAAGAUUACUUAGUCCAGGACCAAUUGAUGAAAUUGUUUCAACAAGGAGAGGUGGAAUGUAUUAACGCAACGUACAUGGGUGUAGGAUCCGUUCAUGUUCUACCGAACUUGACUCAAGGGCAAAUUGUCUCUAUAACCAAGCACCAGUUGAAGUCCGGGGACAUCUAUGACUGGAAAGAUAUGCGACGGUACUGGAAAAACAUGUACGGAAUCCGAUUGAAGGAAGAACGAGAACCCGAGUUCUUUGUCAAUGUCAGAUUUGGCACCAAGCGAAGCCAAAUCUAUUCAUACCCUGAUCUCUGUGUCCGACCGUAUCAUCCAUACUGCAUUCCCCGGAUUCCUCCCGAACCCAUCAUCGAGCAAUUUCUUGUCGACUUUCGAGUAAGAAUGCCGACGGUGAGUCGAGUGCCAUUAGAGAUUAUCGUUCCGCUGUCUCCUCGGUCAGCCUCAAAAACCGAGAUCCUCAAGGCGUCUGGUGAUCAUCAACCUAUUGUGGAUUGCUCAGAGGUCCAGCUCGAGUCUCCCGGGGUGGAUACGUCAGACUUGGGUUUAAGUUGCUUGCCAUCUCAGUUCAAAUUGACGAUCCCCGCCUCCUUUAAAUCGCCCCAAUCGAAAGGGGCUCAUCCCAAGUUAUUUUCCGAAUUCCAAUCCGUCUCCAAACAUUUUAAACCAGCUUCAAUUUCGGGGACUCGAUCCCAGUCAUCGAAAAAGUCGUUCAAAUUUGAUGAGAUGUUUAAGCCAGCUUCUGCUCCCCGAAGUAAUGGAGAUGGAUAUUCGGCGAAUGACACAACUUGUCCUUUUGUCAGUGGCUCAAUUAUCGACAAGUUCAUGAAAAACUCCAAGUCGAUUCAAGUGGGACCCGAACCUCAACCAAAAGUGGCUGAAUCAGCCAUGUCUCAAGUGGUGAGGUCAAAACCCGUUAAAAGAGGCGCAACCAGCACCUUAAAUGAUGAGGAGUAUUGCCUAAAUAAGAGACCCAGAACGGCCGAGACAUCGGUCAUUAUUGGAGAAUGGCUUCAACAACGUAAUUUGAAUCCGGAUGCAUUUUGCGACAACGUUUCUCGCAAGGCAAAGGAAGAAGAACUCCAGCUCAGUCCAAAUCUCCUCAAUGAAAUCUUUGACACGAGUCUCAACGAACCUUGAGCUGCAGUCAAUGGUUUUGCUGUAUUAA